UAUUAUCUAUAGUGUUUUGAAUUUAAUCGAAACGAUUUUUUUAUUAGUUUUGGCAUUUGGUUGCGUUGAUAUACGAAAGAUGUUUCGGUUUCUAUUUAUUAGUUUGUUUUGUUUUACAUUUGUGUGCUGUCAAACCGUGAACAAUGUGCGUCUAAUAGAGCCAAUACCAUACAUGGUUAAAGUGAUCACAGAGACUGUCCAACGGCUUGAAGAUGCUGAAUGGUGCAGUUUGAAAGUACCUGACGUCGUUGUUAAUAUGAACGAAGUAAUAUUCGGCUCGUCAGUCACGGGUACAGUCGAGUAUAAAAAUGGUUUCGUGGUUGCUAUACGUCACGUCGACAUCCUGCAACAUAGUCUCGGUCAAGUAUGGAGGUUCGAUAGAGUUCAGAAUAUGACUACAGUUGAGGUCACCGGUACUUUAAGGUUUAGUGACGUCACAAUAGGUUUUGAUGUGGAGACGACGAUAGAGGGAGCUGUUAAACGGUACACUGCAGAACUAUUAGUACCGCUUGUGUCAUUCGAUAUGCGUGUUAUAAGAGACAUGUUCACUGAGAAUAUCAACGUGACAGUUGUACCUCUCGUUAUCACCCGAAAUAGAGUUAAAAUGGAUUUUAUGCCCGUAGAUGACCUCACAGAUGUAUUCUCUAAUUUGUUUAACUUCAACUCUAUAUCUGAAGCUGCGAUCGUAUGGGCUUCCGACUUCCUGAGACCAUUCGCCCUCAACGCAGUCGAGAAUGUCGUCGAUUAUCCCGAGAUUUGCUAUGAUUGUCCAGUUUCGUAAAUAAAUAUGAUACACAA